UUCACAUUGGAAUCCGCUUUUUGCGCCACAAACAAGAAGAAAGCGUGAGGCUUAUAGUCAAAAUCGGCGAGUCGAGAUUCGGUGGACGCACAAAUGGUGUUUCCGUGGGACGCCAAAUACGACCCUGCCCCUGGUCGCCGUUAUACUCCCCCCUCUACCACCCUCGCCUCGGGGGGGAAGAUGGCCGAGGCCCUGCCCCUGGGAGCACAGGAGGCCAGUGGUGGAGCUGCUCUGGUGGGCAAACUGCGCAUGGCUGACCAUGGCAUGGUGGAGGUGAUGCCAGAUCAUCCAGGAGAGCUGGUGAAAACUGACAGUCCCAACUUCCUGUGCUCUGUGUUGCCUUCUCACUGGAGGUGUAACAAGACCCUGCCCAUUGCUUUUAAGGUGGUUGCCCUGGGAGACAUUCCAGAUGGCACCUUGGUUACAGUGAUGGCUGGAAAUGAUGAGAAUUACUCAGCUGAGCUUCGCAAUGCCACAGCUGCAAUCAAGAACCAAGUAGCCAGAUUCAACGACCUCCGCUUCGUGGGCCGCAGUGGAAGAGGAAAAAGUUUCACUCUGACCAUCACAGUGUUCACCAACCCUCCACAGGUGGCCACAUACCAAAGAGCCAUCAAAAUCACAGUGGACGGUCCCAGAGAGCCACGACGUCAUCGUCAGAAGAUGGACGAGGUCAAACCGGGCUCUCUAGCUUUCUCUGAGAGGCUAACAGAGCUGGAACAGCUGAGAAGGAGCUCCAUGAGGGUGACACCUCCUCAUCACCAUCACCAUCAGUCUUCAGCCAAUAGCCGCCAACCUGCAGCUCUCAACUCUGCCACUUUCUCCAGCUCCACACACACUCAGCUAACUCCUGACUCCAGACAGAUGCAGUCAUCUCCAUCUUGGUCUUAUGAUCAAUCAUAUCCCUAUCUUGGCCAGAUAACUACUCCCACCGUCCCAACAGCUAAUUCUCUAUCACCUGGUCGCUCUUCUCUCAGUGACCUGUCCUCUAGACUAACAGGUCCUGAUCUCACUGCCUUUGGUGACCCCAGGAUGACCUUAGAACGGCCUUUUAGUUCCCUGUCCUCCUUGCCUGACUCACGUUUUUCUGAUCCCCGGGUGCACUAUCCUCCUACUGCAGCUGCCUUUACCUACACCCCCUCCCACAAUCCAGUCUCUAAUGGUGCACUCGGUAUCACCAUGGCAACAGCCAUGGCCACCACCCCUGCAGGGAGGUAUCACACCUACCUGCCUCCUCCCUAUCCAGCAAACGCUCCCCAAGCUCAGAACGGGCCCUUCCAGUCCACCUCCUCACCAUAUCACCUCUACUACUCCACUGCCACUGGCUCCUACCAGUUCUCCAUGAUGACUGGCGGACCAGGCAGCACUGAUUCACGCUCACCACCAAGGAUUUUGCCACCAUGUACCAAUGCCUCCACAGGCUCUUCCCUCCUGCACCCCUCUUUACCCAGUCAGAAUGAAGGGGUGGGUGCAGAAGUGGAGUCCAGCCACAGCAGCUCUCCAACAAACAUGGUUCCUGCUGAAGCUGUCUGGAGACCUUAUUGAACAAGCAAAGGCAAGGGACGAAGGGUGCACUCAUCUAGGGUGACCUUAAGAGGUCAUGUAAUAAACACAUUGCAAGGGUGGAACAAACAUAAAUGAUAAGGUAAUAUCCAGUGGCUCUGCCUCUAUUUAACAGCAAUAUUGAUUCUGGAGUAAAACUGCAUGUUAAAAGCAUUGGUUAGUUAUUCAUUGUGGGAAGUGAACAUCACCAAACAACCAAAAGCCAGAUGAGUACAGUCAGUAUGAAAUUAUCUACUGACAAUGUCACAUCAGGGUAUAUCAAGCCAGCGUUGCUCUCUACAGAGGAGAACUGGCAGACUGAAGACACUAUGCGCAUGAGCAGGACUGGACUGAUCUCAGUCAAGCAUCUUUUGUUCAAUAACAGGACUUCUUCCUCAUAAUUGUGGUUGAUGUUGUGGAUAUAUGAAUUGCUCAUGCCAGAUAUUGUGAUGACCUGCUAGUGUUUAACCAAUUCUCUCUUUUUAUAAUUAGAAAACAUUUUCACCACAUUUUCACCAC